GACAGCCAGCUGAUUGUUGACCAACGAAAAUCAUCACCAAACUUCGCUUGCAACAACUCCCAGCUACUUAUCUAACCUACCCAGCCCACGAUGAAUAGCUUAGGAUGGAUGUUAAUAAUGAAAAAAGGUUGUCUAUUCUGCUCCAAAGAGACGGUUACCAUCAGAGGAACUAAAUACAUUAUACGUGAUCGGCUGGCAGAGGGUGGAUUCAGCUUAAUAAACCUGGCGGAAAAUUCUAUAACGCACAAGCUGUAUGCGGUGAAACGUAUAACUUGUCACAGCAUCGAUGACCAAAAUAUAGCCGUGCGAGAAAUCGAAAACUGUCACCGUAUUGAUUCAGAGAAUGUAAUCAAAGUAAUAGACUACGAGCUGAAAGGAUCAGCGGAUAUUGUCAUUAAUACAACGAGCGACCUGUACAUUGUACUGCCAUACUAUAAGAAUGGUUCAUUGGCAGAUCAUUUGCAAAUGCGUGCACGUAAAGACGAUCACAUGUCCGAACCUCAAGUUCUCCAGGUUUUCCUUGGUAUAUGCAACGGUUUAAGGGCGAUACAUGAAACUAAACCAGUACCGCUUGCACAUCGUGACCUUAAAACUGCAAAUAUUUGUUUGUCCGACACUUUUGAACCGAUAAUUGUAGAUCUAGGCUCUAUGACAGAGGCGCGUUUGCAAAUCUGUGGGCAGAAUGAAGCACAGCGGCUGCAAGAUGAAGCUGAGGAACGCAGUUCGAUUGUGUAUCGUGCGCCUGAAUUGUUCUCCGUGAAGUCGUAUUCUACUGUAGAUGAACGUACAGAUAUUUGGUCUCUUGGUUGCGUACUGUAUGCAAUGUGCUUUUUUCACUGUCCGUUUGAUUCGGUGUACGAAAAAGGUGAUAGCGUUGCUUUAGCUGUUCUGAGUGGUAACAUCAACAUUCCUGAAAGUUCCGUAUAUUCGGAAGAUAUGCAUGAUUUGAUUAAAUAUAUGCUUCGGAUGGAUCCGAUGGAGCGCCCAUUUAUAUACAGUGUGAUUGAGAAGACCCAAGAUUUAAUACAUAAGUUGGAUGGACGUGUUUAGCAACUCAUAGAGAGUGACAUUUGUUGAGAUUUUUUACACCUCAUAUGCAAUUACGAAAAUUUAGCAAAAAUUUUGCAUUUUUUGUUUUGUAAUUAUGACAACUAAACUUGCAUAUCGCACAUCAUCUUUAAAAGAGGCACAACUCAGAAAUCAGAUCCGAAAAUAUAGCUACUUGAGGAUCUUACAGAUUCAACACAUUAACAGAUAUGACAGUAGUUUUCAAAUGAAAGAAUACAAUCAAU